AUGGCGCGGGAGACAAAAUACUACGACAUCCUUGGCGUUUCGCCGAAUGCUACAGAGCAGGAGCUCAAGAAGGCUUACAAGACGAACGCCCUAAAGUACCAUCCUGACAAGAACCCCGGCAACGCUGCCGCCGAGCAGAAGUUUAAAGAGAUUUCACAUGCCUACGAGAUCCUGUCUGACCCGCAGAAGCGCCAGCUCUACGACCAGUAUGGCGAGGCUGGGCUGGAGGGCGGUGCCGGAGGCGGUGGUGGUGGUAUGGCGGCCGAGGAGCUGUUCGCCCAGUUCUUUGGCGGCGGCGGCCUCGGCGGUGGUUUCGGCGGCAUGUUCAGCUCCAUGAACCACCAGCGCGGCCCGGCCAAGGCCAAGACGAUCCACCACGUCCACAACGUUUCGCUCGAAGACAUCUACCGCGGCAAGGUUUCCAAGCUCGCCCUGCAGCGAUCCAUCAUCUGCCCCAAGUGCGAGGGCCGUGGCGGCAAGGAGGGUGCCGUCCGGAAGUGCCCCGGUUGCGACGGUCACGGCAUGAAGACCAUGUUGAGGCAUAUGGGCCCCAUGAUCCAGCGCUUCCAGACCGUCUGCCAGGACUGCAACGGCGAGGGUGAAAUCAUCAAGGAUAAGGACCGCUGCAAGCAGUGCCUCGGCAAGAAGACGGUUGUGGAUCGUAAGGUGCUCCAUGUUCACGUCGACCGCGGAGUCAAGAGCGGCACCAAGGUCGAGUUCCGCGGCGAGGGUGACCAAGCUCCUGGCAUCCUCGCUGGUGACGUCGUUUUCCAGAUCGAGCAGAAGCCCCACCCCCGCUUCACCCGCCGGGACGAUGAUCUCAUGUAUCGCGCCGAGAUUGAUCUGGUCACAGCCUUGGCUGGCGGCACCAUCUAUAUCGAGCACCUCGACGACCGGUGGCUCAGUGUUGACAUUCUGCCCGGUGAAGCGAUUGCGCCUGGGGCUUUGAAGAUGAUCCGCGGCCAGGGUAUGCCGUCGUACCGCCACCAUGACUACGGCAACAUGUACAUCCAAUUCGACGUCAAGUUCCCCGAGAAGAACUGGACCGAGAACCCUGCCGCAUUUGAGGCCCUCCGGAAGUUCCUCCCUGCUCCAGAGCUUGUCAACACCCCUCCUGCCGACGCAAUGACUGAGCCCGCCGAUCUUGAAGACGUUGACGCCAGCUCUUCAUCGAGAGGCUUCAACGGUGUCGCCGCGGAUGACGACGAGGAGCAUGAGCCUCACGCCGAGCGUGUCCAGUGCGCUUCACAGUAA